UCCGCGCAAGCAGCGCGCCUCUGCUGCGUCCGGCCGGAGCCGCUCCGCUCUCCCGCAUGCGUUAGCGCCCGAACGCCUUGCACUUUCUCAGAUCUCCGCCGUCCUAGGGGGUUGGACAAAAAUAUUUCAGCAAUGAACAGCUUCCUGAACAUGGCGACCAUAGGUGACUUCGACCCGUUGAACGCCAACAUACCUGCCACUAAAGUUGAAAUCACAGUGUCGUGCAGAAAUCUUCUGGACAGAGACACGUUUUCCAAAUCUGACCCAAUUUGUGUCCUGUACACGCAGGGAGUCGGCAACAAAGAAUGGAGAGAGUUUGGGAGGACAGAAGUCAUCGACAACACCCUCAACCCAGAAUUUGUGCGCAAAUUCAUCCUGGACUAUUUCUUUGAGGAGAGACAGAACCUUCGUUUUGAUUUGUAUGAUGUUGACUCAAAGAGCGCCAACCUGUCCAAGCACGACUUCCUGGGCCAGGCCUUCUGCACCCUGGGGGAGGUGGUGGGGUCACUGGGGAGCCGCAUGGAGAAGCCACUGCUAGGCAUCCCGGGGAAGAACUGCGGCACCAUCAUCGUGAAGGCGGAGGAGCUGAGCAACUGCAGGGAGUCGGUGAUGAUGCAGUUUUGUGGGAACAAACUGGACAAGAAAGAUUUUUUUGGGAAAUCUGACCCUUUCCUGGUCUUCUACCGCAGUAACGAGGAUGGAACGUUCACCAUUUGCCACAAGACAGAGGUGGUGAAGAACACACUGAACCCAGUGUGGCAGGCCUUCAGGAUUCCUGUGAGAGCGCUCUGCAACGGAGACUACGACAGGGCAAUCAAGAUCGAGGUGUACGACUGGGAUCGAGAUGGCAGCCAUGACUUCAUUGGUGAGUUCACCACCACCUACAGGGAGCUGUCCCACGGCCAAUCACAAUUCAGCGUGUACGAGGUGCUCAAUCCCAAGAAGAAAGGCAAGAAGAAGAAAUACCUGAACUCUGGAACAGUGACACUGCUGUCCUUCCUGGUCAACAUGGAGGUCACCUUCCUGGACUACAUCAAAGGCGGCACACAGAUUAAUUUCACAGUGGCGAUCGACUUCACGGCGUCUAAUGGUAACCCCGCCCAGCCCACCUCUCUGCACUACAUGAGCCCGUACCAGCUGAACGCCUACGCCAUGGCGCUGAAGGCCGUGGGUGACAUCAUCCAGGACUACGACAGCGACAAGAUGUUCCCGGCGCUGGGCUUCGGCGCCAAGCUGCCUCCUGAUGGCAGGGUCUCACAUGAGUUUGCCCUGAACGGAAACCCAGGGAAUCCCUACUGCUCUGGGAUCGAUGGUGUGAUGGAGGCCUACUACCAGAGCCUGAAGUCGGUGCAGCUGUACGGACCCACCAACUUCUCACCUGUCAUCAACCAUGUGGCCAGGUACGCGGCAUCGGUGAAGGAUGGCUCGCAGUACUUUGUCCUCCUCAUCAUCACAGACGGGGUGAUCUCUGAUAUGGCGCAGACCAAGGAGUCCAUCGUAAACGCCUCCUGUCUGCCCAUGUCAAUUAUAAUUGUGGGAGUCGGGCCAGCGGAAUUCGACGCCAUGGUGGAGCUGGACGGGGAUGAAGUGAGGAUUUCAUCCAGAGGAAGAUUUGCGGAGAGAGACAUCGUGCAGUUCGUCCCGUUCAGAGACUACAUCGACCGCUCGGGGAACCACAUACUGAGCAUGGCUCGGCUGGCCAAGGACGUCCUGGCCGAAAUUCCCGACCAGUUCCUGUCCUACAUGAGGACCCGCGGCAUCAAGCCCUCGCCUGCACCGCCCCCCUACACCCCCCCGGGACACACCCCCCCGGGACACGCCCUGCAGACGCAGAUCUGA